UCAAAAUGGCGCCUUACGUCAUUUGACAGUUGUUGACGUUUUGCCUUUUGUCACAUUAACUAACAAAAAAAAACAAUUUUUCUGAUUGUUUCCAAAGUUCUAAAGUAUAAUUAAAGUUUAUUUAUAACAAAAGAAGUUUAGGAAAUACGAAUUCACAAGAAUGGAUUCGCUAAAAGCGGAGAUACAGAGAAAACGAAAAGAGUUGGAGGAAAAGAAGCUUUUGUGCGGUAAGAAGAAAUAUUUCAAAAGAUCCGAUUUCUUGUCGAGUGCUGCGGAAAAAAUACAGACAAAUGGUGUGAAUAGUGAUCGAUUGCAAGCUGUAAAGUCUGAGGAAUUGGGAAAAGCAGGUGUCGAGGAGACAAAUGAACAUCUAACCUUACCGCGAAAUGAGGUUAUACGUCGUCUCCGUGAACGUGGUGAGCCAAUUUUCCUCUUCGCCGAAACGGAGCAGGACGCUUUUAAAAGGUUGCGAAAAUGUGAAAUUCUCGAGCCCGAGGUGAAUAAGGGUUUUAGAAACGAUUUCCAAGAGGCCAUGGAACAAGUGGACUUGGCCUAUGUGAAUGAAAUUCUCGCACCCCUAAAACCAGGAAGCAAUGGCGCCAAGGUCGAGGUGAAUCUUCUCGACGAAUGCGUAACCUACGAGGAUCUACAGCAAAAAUCGACGAAAUUAAAUACCGGCGAUCGUGAAUAUGACAUGAAUGUCAUAACACAAUUCCUGCAGUUCCUCGUGCAAAUGUGGGGCAAUCAAUUGAAUAGUCGUGGGGCAGCUGAGAAAAUGGGAACAAGAGGAAAAAUGGCAAGUGCAACUUACGCUCAAACAAGGGAGUAUAUUAAGCCGCUUCUUCGUAAAUUGCAAAAUAAAUCCCUCACCGAAGACAUCACUGACAGUUUGACAGAAAUUGUGAAACAUCUUCUCGAACGAAACUAUAUUCUGGCGAGUGAUGCAUAUUUACAAAUGGCAAUUGGCAAUUCACCGUGGCCAAUUGGUGUCACUAUGGUUGGUAUUCACGCACGUACCGGAAGGGAGAAGAUUUUCUCGAAAAAUGUCGCUCACGUUAUGAAUGACGAGACUCAACGAAAAUACAUUCAGGCUUUAAAGAGAUUAAUGACCAAGUGCCAAGAAUAUUAUCCCACCGAUCCUUCACGUUGUGUCGAAUUUUCAAAAAUAUGAAUUCUUCCCUUUUAUGUAUUUUAAUUAUUUCAAUCUUCUUUUGUCAAAGAAUUUUAAUAUAGAUAAUUUCUUAAUUACGUUUUUUUCCUCGAUUUAAAAAAAAAGGUUUUCUUUUUUGUUCUUGACACUCAGUUCCAUGUAAAUUUUAAUUUUUUUUCGAAAAAAUGUACAUAUUAGUAACUGUAAAUAAAUGUGAAAUAUCUUUUUAGAAAAUAAAAGAAUUCAAUUUAAAA